AGCUGUGUUGCUGUAGAUAAUUUGUCUUGAUCUUGAAAUAGAUCGAAUUGUGAUGGAGAUAUUUAGUUGUCGAUAGAACAAAUUUGUCAGUUACACGCAAUUAUUUUGAGAGAAGUGUUUUUAGUGUGUUUGACGAAAAGAUUAUGUAAAAACCGAAUCAUGUUAUGUUAUAAACAUUUAUUCAUAAUUCUUUUAACAUGCCUAGUUACAGUCGUAUUGGGCCACGAUCAUUUGCUUGAAGGUAUUUAUUGUGGUAAAGAAAAUUGUUAUGAAGUUUUAGGAGUUACGAGACAAGCAACUAAAAAUGAGAUCGGUAAGAGCUACAGACAGCUGGCAAGGAAGUUCCAUCCGGAUUUGCGUAGAGGCGAAGAAGCGAAAAAAGAAGCCGAAGAGAAAUUUAAGGAAAUCGCGACAGCUUACGAGAUUUUAAGAGAUGACGAAGCUCGUUCUGAUUAUGACUACAUGUUGGACAAUCCUCAAGAAUACUAUGCUCACUACUAUAGGUAUUAUAGGCGUCGAAUGGCCCCUAAAGUGGAUGUGAGAAUCGUUGUAGCUGUUACUAUAACAGUUAUUUCUAUAAUACAGUAUUAUAGCGCAUGGUCUAAAUAUGACUCUGCAAUAAAAUACUUCAUGACAGUACCAAAAUAUAGAAACCGAGCAUUGGAUAUAGCAAAAGAUGAAACUAAGGAAUCACAAGGGAAAGGUAAAAAUAAGAAAAGCAAAGCAGAACUUAAGGAGGAACAGGAUAGGAUAAUAAGACGAGUUAUAGAAGAAAAUAUGGAUAUAAAGGGUGCAUAUGCUAAACCAGAAAUAAAAGAUAUACUGUGGAUUCAGCUAAUUAUGUUACCAUAUACAAUUACUUAUUAUAUUUAUUGGUAUGUACGGUGGCUGUGGAAUUACACAAUUUUAAAGAAACCAUAUGGAGAUGAAGAAAAAUUAUAUCUAAUACGAAAGUAUAUGCAACUUGGUCAACAUCAGUUUAAUGCAUUAGAAGAUUCAGAAAGACAAUCAUUUCUGGAUAAAGAGUUGUGGAUUAAGGAAAACUUUACAGUCUGGAAAGACAUCAAAGAGGAAGAAACUAAGAAAUCAUUAGCAGAAAAUAAUAAAUAUAAGCAAUACAGAAGGUAUAUUAAGAGUCAUGGUAUAGGACGCAUGACAUUUGAUGAUUCAUGAUAUAUUCUAAGUAAUACUUUAAAAAUUUGUAAUAAAUUUAUUUAUUUUGUAAUGAGUUGUGAAAGAAUUUAGUUGAAAAAUAUUUGUAAAUUUCAAAAAUUACUUUAAGAAUGU